AUGGAUGAGCCUGAGGAAACUCUUGAGAGCAGUGACGCAAAUGAAGGUGGGCUAGAUACUGAAGAACAGGGAGAUAAUGAUGGAAUCAAGGAGGAAAUCAAGGAGGAAAUUGUUGAAAUUAAUGAAGAAGAUGCACAUGAAAUCAAUGAGGAAAAGAAAGAAAGUGAUGAAAUCAAAGAUAGUGAGGAGGAGAAACAUAAUGAUGAAAUCGAAGAGUUGACACCACACCAGGAAAGUGGAGAUAACAGCCUAGCAAUGGACCAAGAUGUCCCAAAGACAACAAGUUCUGAUAAAGGUGAGGUGGAGCGACCUGAGAGCAAAAUCAGCAUUAUUCAGCAUAAGGAACUGAUAGAGGAAAACCAGCAGCCUGACUUGCCUCCUGGCAGCGUAAGUGCUAGCAUGUCAUCUCUCAAAAAGGAACUUGGUCAUGACUCCCGUCGUGGCAGCCAGCAUAGCCAGCACCUCCCGGGCCAUGAAUCCCGCCGAGGCAGUCAGAGUCAACCUUUAAUAGGCCAGGAAUCCAGGCAUAGCCAGCAGCAACCAGGACACGAAUCUCGCCGAGGUAGUCAAGCAGCUGGAGCCCAGGAAUCCCGGCAUAGCCAGAAGCUCUCAGGACAUGAAUCCCACCGCGGAAGUCAACAGCUCACAGGCCAGGAAUCCCGGCAUAGCCAGAAGCUCCCGGGACAUGAAUCCCACCGCGGAAGUCAACAGCUCACAGGCCAGGAAUCCCAGCAUAGCCAGAAGCUCUCGGGACAUGAAUCCCACCGCGGAAGUCAACAGCUCACAGGCCAGGAAUCCCAGCAUAGCCAGAAGCUCCCGGGACAUGAAUCCCAACGCGGAAGUCAACAGCUCACAGGCCAGGAAUCCCGGCAUAGCCAGAAGCUUCCGGGACAUGAAUCCCACCGCGGAAGUCAACAGCUCACAGGCCAGGAAUCCCGGCAUAGCCAGAAGCUCCCGGGACAUGAAUCCCACCGCGGAAGUCAACAGCUCACAGGCCAGGAAUCCCGGCAUAGCCAGAAGCUUCCAGGACAUGAAUCCCACCGUGGAAGUCAACAGCUCACAGGCCAGGAAUCCCGGCAUAGCCAACAGCUUCCAGGACAUGAAUCCCGCCGAGGCAGUCAUCAAUCCAUUAGCCACCAGGUCCUACAAAGCCAUAGACCUUCCACAACACAACCUAUAAAUGAAGUUGAAACCAAGGAGGACAUGACAUGGAUUAGCCAAAGGACAGGGAAAGUUAUGAAAUGUGAAAGCCAGCAGACCAGUAGAAUUUGGGAGCACAAGCCACUCUCUGAAAUUCUGCAACCUCUUGGUUACCCGAAAAGUGUAGAGAAAGCAGCAGGAAAACCACCUGCAGUAGCUCGUGUCAGCAGCCAAGAGUCAAAGCAGCAACAACCGACAGAGGAUGGGUCUUGGAUCAGCAAAAAAACAGGGAAGUUAUUGAAAUGCACAGGUCAGCAGACAAGUAAAAUCUGGGAGCGAAAGCCUCUGGCAGAAGUUCUUCGUCUUUCUCGCCAACCAGAUGCCGAUAGUGAUGCUGGAGAAAAAGUGAAAACUGCCGAAGAAGUGAUUGUUGCUCCCAAAGAUUCGGAAGCUAAACCAGUAGAAGUGGCAGAGGCUCGCAUCAGCAGCCAUGAAGUUCAGGAAUCCCAGCAAGGUGAUCAAGAGGUGGAAGGAAAGGAAUCACAGGUGGAAGGAAAGAGAAAAGCUUCUACUAAAAUGUCCGUAGACAAAACACUGCAGACCGAUAGCAAAAUAAGCGUUUUUAGACAUAAAGAACUGAUGCAUAAAAAUGAACAGACAGACUUUCCUCCUGACACUUUACCCAGCAGUAGAACCUCUCUCAAAAACCAGCAUGAAUCCUGGCAUAGUAAUCAACAAGCAGAAGGACAGGGAUCAAGACGUGGUAGUCAACAGGUAGAAGGCAAGAAGUCACAGCAGGAGAGUCAACAACCAGAAGGGCAGGAAUUGACGGCUGAAAGCCAGCAACCAGAUGCUCAAGGAUCUCAACAUGAAAGCCAACAGCUAACUGGACAGGAAUCUCGGAGAGGCAGCCAACAGCCACAACAGCCAGAUGAGAACAAGCCAGCACAACUUGAAAAGGAGCAAGUGCAGCCAGAGGACCAUCAGAAACUUCCUGGAGAGGAAACAUUCUACCUGGACAGAAAAACUGGUGUAGAAGUAAGAUCUGCAAGUCAACAGACCAGCGAGAGUUUGUUCAUAGACUACCUAACAAAAAUAUAUGGCCCUCGAUAUGAGGAGGCUCCUCUUCCAGUAGGUGAUCAACCAAAGGCUAAAGAAGAUCAGCCCCCAGAGAGUGAUGAAAUCCAGGAUGAAGUUAAGGUAGAGGAGGAAGAAAAACAAGAACCAGUCCCUGGUGGGGGUGAGGAAGCAGAAGCAGAAGUACAGCAGCCUCCCCAACCAGAGGCCCAAGAGCCCCAAGAUACAGAGUUGCAAACAGGUGGGCAACAACCAGAGGGUCCCGGAUCCCGGAGAGAGAGCCAACAGGCAGAGGGUCCCGGGUCCCGGAGAGAGAGCCAACAGGCAGAAGGGCCAGUGUCCAGGAAAGAGAGCCAACAAGAAGAGAUGCCAGCAUUCCCGAAAGAGAGCCAACAGGAGAUGCCAGGGUCCCCAAAAGAUAACCAAGAUGAGGAGAUGCCAGGGUUCCCAAAAGAGAGCCAACAGGAGGAGAUGCCAGGGGCCCCAAAAGAGAGCCAACAGGAGAUGCCAGGGUCCACAAAAGAUAACCAAGAUGAGGAGAUGCCAGGGUUCCCAAAAGAGAGCCAACAGGAGGAGAUGCCAGGGGCCCCAAAAGAUAACCAAGAUGAGGAGAUGCCAGGGUUCCCAAAAGAGAGCCAACAGGAGGAGAUCCCAGGGUCCCGGAAAGACAGCCAACAAGUGGAGAUGCCAGGGUCCCGCAAAGACAGCCAACAGGUGGAGAUGCCAGGGUCCCGCAAAGACAGCCAACAGGUGGAGAUACCAGGGUCCCGCAAAGACAGCCAACAGGUGGAGAUGCCAGGGUCUCGCAAAGACAGCCAACAGGUGGAGAUGCCAGGGUCUCGGAAAGACAGCCAACAGGUGGAGAUGCCAGGGUCCCGGAAAGACAGCCAACAGGUGGAGAUGCCAGGGUCUCGGAAAGACAGCCAACAGGUGGAGAUGCCAGGGUCCCGGAAAGACAGCCAACAGGUGGAGAUGCCAGGGUCUCGGAAAGACAGCCAACAGGUGGAGAUGCCAGGGUCCCGCAAAGACAGCCAACAGGUGGAGAUGCCAGGGUCUCGGAAAGACAGCCAACAGGUGGAGAUGCCAGGGUCCCGGAAAGAGAGCCAACAGGUGGAGAUGCCAGGGUCCCGCAAAGAGAGCCAACAGGUGGAGAUGCCAGGGUCCCGGAAAGACAGCCAACAGGUGGAGAUGCUAGGGUCCCGCAAAGAGAGCCAACAGGUGGAGAUGCCAGGGUCCCGCAAAGAGAGCCAGCUAUUUGCACAGCAUGAAUCUCCACUACAUACCCACCUAUCUGUGGGUGAAAUAACUGAACAACCAGGUCCCUCCGAAAGCCAAGGAACACUAGGGAGCAUUGUGUCAUUUACCGAAGGGGAGGAUGUAGCUCUGCAGACGUACAGCAUAGUUUCUCUCCCGGAUGGAAUUUGGCUGAACAGGAAGACAGGCAAGUUUUUGGUAAGCCACGGUCAGCAGACAACAGUCACUUCACUUUCAGCCCUGAAUCAAAUAGCACUGGAAGAGGCCGCAAUUGCUUCAAAGCCAUCUGGACUUGGCGCUGGCGGCGAGGGAGUGGUGGCCAAGGCCUUGGAAGUGCAUCAGGACAGUGCUACAGCUGAAGCAAAGCCUGAAGAGGACCAGCCGCCACCUUUAAGCCAGGAAUCCCGCCGUGCUAGUCAGCAGUCGAGGCACAGCCAAGGAUCCCGCCGUGGCAGCCAGAUUCCUUUGGAGCAAGAACCCAGUCCUGUCAACCAGCCAGCUUCUGAUGACCAUAAGGAAGAGGGGCUCCAGGAAGCGGAGGAUGCUGAGGGAGAGCUGAGCCAUCGCUUGAGUGAAGCAGCCCUGGAGAGCAUAGCAGCAGCAGCAGCCGCGGAUGGAGAGGACAACGUAUCUCAGCGGACUUACAGUUCCAUUUCUCUAGCGAAAGGUUCCUUUGUCAACAAAAGAACAGGCAGGUCGCUGGUAUCUCAGCAACUGCAGACUGAAGAGUCUUCAUUUCAUAACACCGGAGAAGCAGUGGAAGAACCCCAGGACGGUGACCAAGUACCUGAAGAAGACCAGGUUGAAAAUCCUGAGCCAAGUGAACCUGAGAACCCCGGGGAAUAG